GCAUCUGAAGAAACAUUUGAUGCAGAAGAUCCUGAGCAGGAGGACGGAUCUGCUCACCUGGACUCACCUAGACUCACCUGGACUCACCUAGACUCACCUGGACUCACCUAGACUCACCUAGACUCAUCUGGACUCAGGAGCAGAGCGUUGUUGCUGAGUCGGUCAGAAAUGUCCGUCCUCACUCAGCUCGGUUUGUUGCUGUGGAAAAACUUCACCUACAGACGACGACAGACGCUGCAGCUGCUGGUAGAGAUCGUGUGGCCGCUCUUCAUCUUCUUCAUCCUCAUCGCUGUGAGACUCAACUAUCCACCAUACGAACAACAUGAGUGUCAUUUUCCGAACAAGGCGAUGCCGUCGGCAGGAACGCUGCCGUGGCUUCAGGGAAUUCUCUGCAACGCCAACAAUCCGUGUUUCAGGAAUCCGACGCCGGGCGAAUCCCCGGGCAUCGUCGGGAACUUCAACGACUCCAUAAUCUCUCGUCUUUUUUCUGACGCCAAAAAGAUUCUGCUCUACAGUCAGAACGACCAGAACCUGGACGGGUUCAAGGACCUGGCUCAGGCGCUGAGGACGCUGCAGGACAGCCGCCCAGGCUUUAAACUCAAACAUUUCCUGAGAGACGACGAGACUCUGACGAGCUUCCUGCGGACAAACGCAUCUUUUCCCGAAAACGUCGUCCAACAGAUCAGGGACGCUGACGUUGACCUGGAGAAGGUCCUCCUCCAAGGGUUCGGUGUCCACCUGAGGGACAUGUGCCCCAGGAAAGGGGGCGUGUCCAAUCUGGAGGACUUUGUGACAGUCUCAGAUCCUCAAGUGUUGAUGCUGAUACAGGAAGUCAUCUGUCAGGCUCCACCCAUCUGGCUAAACCAUGCAGAGGAACACUUCCUGAACAACAUGGACUUCCUCAAACCGAUCCAGAGGGACAUGAGGUCCGACCCUAAGGCCGUCAGACUGGUUGCCAAGGCGACGAACAACCUGCUGGAGAAUCUGGGUUCACUGGCUGUCGAGCUGGCGAGUAUGAAGAGUUGGGUGGACCUGAGGAACGAGAUUGUGUUCCUGAAGAACGCGACGGCGUCCCCGAGCGUGAUGUACGCGGCCGUGUCCAGGAUCGUGUGCGGUCACCCUGAGGGCGGCGGCCUGCAGAUCAAGUCCCUCAACUGGUACGAGGACAGUAACUACAAGGCUCUGUUCGGAAACCACAACAGCAGCGAGGACGACGCAGGGUCGCACUACGACAACUCCUCCACGCCGUACUGCAACAGUCUGGUCCGGACCAUGGACUCGAACCCCAUGUCCAAGAUGAUCUGGCAGGCGCUGAAGCCGCUGCUCGUGGGAAAGAUCCUGUAUACGCCACACACACCUGCUACACAGAGGGUCAUCCAUGAGGUGAACAGGACCUUCCAGGAGCUUGGUGUGUUCAGGGACCUGGGAGGAAUGUGGGAGGAGCUGAGACCCAAAGUGUGGGACUUCAUGGAGAACAGUCCGCAGAUGGACCUGGUCAGGACGCUGCUAAAGAACAACGUCACCGCCAGCUUCUUCCACGCUCAGCUGUCCAGCACUGACUGGACCGUCGCUGACGUGUCCAACUUCCUGUCAAAGAAGACGGACGACUCCUCACCACCAGGCAGCGUCGUCACCUGGAGGGAGGUGUUCAACGAGACGGACGAAGCCAUCAUGAGCAUCUCGCGCUUCAUGGAGUGUGUGAACCUGGACAAACUGGAACCGGUCUCCAGUGAGGAGAAGAUGGUGCACCAGUCCAUGAUUCUACUGGAGGACAGGAGGUUCUGGGCUGGAAUCGUGUUUCCUGAUGUCGCCCCCAACGACACUGAGCUGCCACAAAAUCUCAGCUACAAGAUCCGCAUGGACAUCGACAACGUGGAGAGGACCAACAAGAUCAAAGACGCGUACUGGGACCCGGGUCCUCGGGCCGACCCGUUCGAGGACAUGCGUUAUAUCUGGGGUGGGUUCACUUACCUGCAGGACGUCAUCGAGCACGGCAUCAUCAGAGCCAUGACCGGCACCAGAGAGAAGACCGGGGUUUACAUCCAGCAGAUGCCGUAUCCAUGCUACGUCGACGACAUCUUCCUGCGUGUGAUGAGCCGCUCCAUGCCGCUCUUCAUGACUCUGGCGUGGAUGUACUCGGUGGCCAUCAUCUUGAAGUGUGUGGUUUAUGAGAAGGAGGCGCGGCUGAAGGAGACCAUGAGGAUCAUGGGUUUGGACAAUGGGAUCCUGUGGUUCAGCUGGUUCAUCAGCUGCUUGGUUCCUCUGCUGAUCAGUGCUGGACUGUUGGUGCUGCUGCUCAAGAUGGGGAACCUGCUUCCUUACAGCGACCCUGGCGUGGUCUUCCUGUUCCUGGCGUCCUACGCUGUAGUGACCAUCAUGCAGUGCUUCCUCAUCAGCACGGCGUUUGCUCGUGCGAACCUGGCGGCGGCGUGUGGAGGAAUCAUCUACUUCACUCUCUACCUGCCGUACGUGCUGUGCGUGGCGUGGGAGGACUACAUCGGCUUUGGCACCAAAGUCUUUGCUAGCCUCCUGUCUCCAGUGGCUUUCGGCUUCGGCUGUGAGUACUUUGCUCUGUUUGAGGAGCAGGGAGUCGGGAUCCAGUGGAAGAACCUGGUGUUGAGUCCGAUGGAGGAGGACGACUUCAGCCUCCGCACCGCCAUCGGCAUGAUGUACUUUGACUCCUUCCUGUAUGGUGUCCUCACCUGGUACCUGGAGGCCGUGUUUCCAGGUCAGUAUGGGAUUCCCAGGCCUUGGUUCUUCCCUUUCACCAAGUCCUACUGGUUUGGAAAAAAGGACGGGUCCAGCAGUGUUCCUCUUAACCGGAAAGGAAACCCUGGAGUGGUAUGUAUGGAGGAGGAGCCAGCUCACCUGGAGCCCGGCGUCUACAUCGAGAACCUGGUGAAGGUUUAUCGGCAAGGGAAGAAGCUGGCAGUGGACGGACUGACACUUGGCUUCUAUGAAGGACAGAUCACGUCCUUCUUGGGACACAAUGGAGCUGGAAAAACCACCACAAUGUCCAUCCUCACUGGUCUGUUCCCGCCCACCUCUGGCACCGCCUACAUCCUGGGCCAAGACAUCCGGACUGAGCUGGAUGUCAUCCGACAGAGUCUGGGUGUCUGUCCGCAACACAACGUCCUCUUUAGCAUGCUGACCGUGGAGGAGCACAUCUGGUUCUACUCGCGGCUCAAAGGCCUGUCAGAGCAGCAGGUAAAAGGUGAGAUCGAGCAGAUCCUGCAAGACACCGGGCUGCCACACAAACGCAAGUCAAGGACCAGCACUCUGUCCGGGGGAAUGCAGAGGAAACUGUCCGUGGCUCUGGCUUUUGUCGGAGGGUCAAAGGUUGUGAUCCUGGAUGAACCCACGGCCGGGGUUGACCCCUAUGCACGCAGAGGGAUCUGGGAUCUUUUGCUGAAGUACCGACAGGGUCGCACCAUCAUCCUGUCAACACACCACAUGGACGAGGCGGACAUCUUGGGCGACAGGAUCGCAAUCAUCUCUCACGGGAAGCUGUGCUGCGUCGGUUCAUCUCUGUACCUGAAGAACCAGCUGGGGACGGGUUAUUACCUGACGCUGGUCAAGAAAGAUCCAGAACCUUCACUAAGCUCCUGCAGGAACUCAGCCAGCACCGUGUCCUUGAGCAAGAAGGAGGAAGAGUGUGCGUCAGUGAGCAGCAGUGACGCCGGCCUCGGCAGCGAAAAUGAAAGUGAGGCAGCAACAAUUGAUAACGGGCCCGUGGCGUCCAUCUGUAACGUCCCCUUUGUGCUGCCGGAUGUGUCUCUGGUGUCGAGUCUGAUCCUGGGUCACGUGCCGGCCGCUCGCCUGGUGGAGGACCUGGGUCACGAGCUGACCUACGUGCUGCCGUAUCACGCCGCCAAAGACGGCGCCUUCGUGGAGCUGUUCAAAGACCUGGACACGAAGCUCACUGACCUCGGUAUCUCCAGCUACGGCGUGGCGGACACGACACUGGAGGAGAUUUUCCUGAAGGUGGCAGAAGAUAACGGAGUUGACACUGACGUCCCCUCAGACGGGACACUUCCUGUUCGGCGGCGAAGGAAGACUCAUGCGUUUGGAGGAGGUGAACCUCAAAGCUGCUUAAGACCAUUAAUGGACGACGACCAAGACGAGAACCACGAGUCUGACACUGACCCUGAGAACAAAGAAUCUGAUUGGCUGAAGUGUGCUGAUGGUAAAGGUUCAUAUCAGGUGAGUGGGUGGAGCCUGAGGAAGCAGCAGUUUGUGGCUCUGAUGUGGAAACGCUUCUUGAAUGCUCGCCGCUCCAGGAAGGGCUUCUUCGCUCAGAUUGUCCUUCCUGCCAUGUUUGUCUGCAUCGCCCUCGUCUUCAGUCUCAUUGUCCCUCCGUUUGGAAAGUAUCCGAGUCUGGAGCUGCAGCCGUGGAUGUACGAGGACCAGGUCUCCUUCAUCAGUGACGAUGCCCCCGGAGACGUCACCAUGCAGAAGUUACUGAACGCUCUGCUUGAGCCGCCGGGCUUUGGGACACGCUGCAUGGACGGACAUCCAAUCCCAGACACACCCUGUACAAUGGCUGAUGAGGACUGGCACGUCCCCGAUGUCCCCGCUAGUGUCCAGCAGCUGUUCAGCUCCAGCAACUGGACUAUGGAUGACCCCUCUCCAGCCUGCAUCUGCAGCUCUGACGGAAAGAAGAAGAUGCUGCCAGACUGUCCGCCUGGUGCUGGAGGACCACCCCCACCUGAGAUGAAGCUGAGCUCCACAGACGCUCUGCAGAACCUGACGGGACGAAACAUCUCUGACUACCUGGUGAAGACCUACGCGCAGAUCAUUGGCAAGAGCUUGAAGAACAAAGUUUGGGUGAAUGAGUUCAGGUACGGAGGCUUCUCAUUGGGGGCCAGGAGCACUCAGGUCCUCCCACCGGCCAACGAGGUGGACGACGCUAUUGAACGAAUCAGAAAGAUCUUUGAGUUACAGAAGGGGGCAGCAGCAGAUCGGUUUCUGGACAGUCUGUCUGGGUUUAUCAAUGGUUUGGACACAAAGAACAAUGUUAAGGUGUGGUUCAAUAAUAAAGGUUGGCACAGCGUCCCAGCAUUUAUCAAUGUCAUCAACAACGGAAUCCUGCGUGCUAACCUGCCCAAAGGUCACAACCCCGAACAGUACGGCAUCAGAGCCUUUAACCACCCGCUGAAUCUGACCAAGGAGCAGCUGUCACAGGUGGCGCUGGUGACGACCUCUGUGGACGUGCUGGUGUCCAUCUGUGUGAUCUUUGCCAUGUCCUUCGUCCCAGCGAGCUUCGUGGUCUUCCUUAUCCAGGAACGCGUCUCUAAAGCCAAACACAUGCACUUCAUCAGUGGCGUUCAGCCGCUGCUCUACUGGGUCGCUAACUUUACCUGGGACAUGUGUAACUACAUCGUCCCGGCAACGCUGGUCAUUCUCAUCUUCAUCUGUUUCCAACAAAAAGCCUACGUGUCGUCAACGAACCUGCCCACACUCGCACUGCUGCUGCUGCUUUACGGCUGGUCCAUCACGCCGCUCAUGUACCCCGCCUCCUUCUUCUUCACCAUCCCCAGCACGGCCUACGUGGUCCUCACCAGCGUCAACAUCCUCAUCGGCAUCAACGGCAGCAUCUCCACCUUUGUCAUGGAGCUGUUUGGAAACAACGAGAUCGGAGGAAUCAAUGACAUUCUGAAGAACGUUCUGCUCAUUUUCCCGCACUUCUGUCUGGGGCGGGGCUUGAUCGAUAUGGUGAAGAACCAGGCGAUGGCUGACGCCCUCGAGAGAUUUGGAGAAAACCGGUUCCGCUCUCCUCUCGAGUGGGACAUGGUCGGUAAGAACUUGUUCGCCAUGGCGGUGGAGGGCGUGGUUUUCUUCAUCAUCACCGUCCUCAUCCAGUACAGGUUCUUCAUCAAGCCCAGCUCCGUCAGUAAACUCACUAAACUUGGUCCACUUGGUGAGGAGGAUGAGGACGUGGCGCGUGAGAGACAGAAGAUUGUCCAUGGUCUUGGACAUGGAGACAUCCUGGAGCUGCGGCAGCUUACUAAGGUGUUUAAGAGGAAGCAGAAACCGGCCGUCGAUCGACUGUGUGUCGGGAUUCCACCUGGAGAGUGUUUCGGCCUCCUCGGUGUGAACGGAGCAGGAAAAACUACAACCUUUAAGAUGCUGACCGGAGACACAGGGGUGACCAGUGGAGAAGCCUUCCUGGCUGGGAAGAGUAUCCUGAGGGAAAUAGAUGAGGUCCAUCAGAACAUGGGUUACUGUCCUCAGUUUGACGCCAUCAACGAGCUGCUAACAGGAAGAGAACAUCUGGAGCUGUACGCCAUACUCAGAGGUGUCCCUGAACACCAAGUCUGCCAUGUGGCAGAGUGGGGGAUCAGGAAGUUGGGUCUGAUCAAAUACGCUGACAAAGCAGCAGGAAGUUACAGCGGAGGAAACAUGAGGAAACUGUCCACCGCCAUGUCUCUGAUCGGAGCUCCGCCCGUUGUCUUCCUGGACGAGCCCACAACCGGCAUGGACCCUAAAGCUCGCCGCGCUCUCUGGAACUGCAUCCUCAGUAUCAUCAAGGAGGGACGCUCUGUGGUCCUCACCUCACACAGUAUGGAGGAGUGUGAGGCUCUGUGCACCAGGAUGGCCAUCAUGGUCAACGGCAGGUUCAGAUGUUUGGGCAGCGUCCAACACCUGAAGAACAGGUUUGGUGAUGGUUACACCAUCAUCCUGCGGGUCGCAGGUCACGACCCUGACCUGGUUCCUGUGAUGAAGUUCAUCGAGAGCGAGCUGCACGGCAGCACGUUGAAGGAGCGUCAUCGUAACAUGCUUCAGUAUCAGCUGCCGUCCUCGCUCACCUCGCUCGCUCACAUCUUCUCCGUCCUCGCCGACAACAAGGACACGCUACACAUCGAGGACUACUCCGUCACGCAGACCACACUCGACCAGGUGUUUGUGAAUUUUGCGAAGGACCAGAGCGACGACUAUCACUCCAAAGACAACGCUGUGAGACACAAAGACGUGUCCGUGUCCGUCCACGUCCCCGCGCUCAACACUGGCGCCGCAGAGGGCCACGACCACACGCUGACAGAGAGCGUCAUGUGACAACCUGAAGACCUGACCCCUCCCCCCCCACCGGAUUUUAGUGGGUGGAGUCACCUCCCGCCUUAUGCCAGUCAAUGCAAGUGAUUUUUUGUCGCAGCCGCUGACCUGUGACCUGUGACCUGUGACUGUUCUCCGGCCGCUGACCUGACUGUGUGUGUGUGUGUGCGUGUGUGUGCGUGUGUGUUUUUUCUGGACUAACGAUGAAGAAUCUGAAUCAUUUCAAACGUCCAAAGACGCGACUGAAAAUCAGUGUUUUAAAAAACCUUUUAGAUUUUUUUAUUUAUGUUUAAAUGUAAUCUGUUUCCUGUUGAACAGCCAAUCACAGCGCUCCAUGUUGAUUUGACAGAUUUGUUCGUGUGGGUGUGAAACAGUGAAUGACCUCAUCGGCUCCUCACACUACAGUAUUGAACGGUGAUCAGCUGAUCAUUGAUCCUCACUCAUGUUUGUUUUUGUGUCUGAGCUGCGACCAGCAGGAGGCGACACUGACACCAGCAGCACUUUGUUUCUCUUUGCACUGAUGAUGCCAUGAUGAUGUCAUGAUGAUGUCAUGUGACAGCAAACGCUGAUGGGAAAAACUGUUACUGACCCUGAACAAGUCUCAUUAAAGGAACCAAAUCUA